CUCUCUCGCCGACACCUCCUGGCGCAGGUCCCUCCGUAUCCAACACCACCUGGCAGAACCGGCGACGGCCGCAUAGUGCCUUGGUUCGCGCGCUCGCGCGUCGACUACCGACAAAACGGCUUUCUGACGCCUCGGCGUUCGGCGCCCGCCGCCGUUGUAUACAGCGGAACGAGCAGAGGAGGGGGGGGGGGGGGGGAGGAUAAGAGAGAAGAAACAAAGGGGACGCGAGGGGGGCACACGACCACGCACUCAGCGCGGUGUUUCCCACUCGGCACCACGCAGGCACGCGUGCUCGCGGCGGGAAAAGACGUCCCGUAGAGCGUGCGCGUGCCUCGGCAAUUUGAUAUACGGGCCCCGCCCCCCCACAACGGCGCCGCUCCGCUCUCGUUCGGCGGGCGGUGUUUGUGUGCGUGCCGGCGUCAAAGAGGAGUAGGCCGUUUCCCACUUCCGCGGCGGCCGGCGGCCGAGGCCGCCGCACAGCCACCAGCGCCGGCAGCCACUCGUCGCCGUCCUCAUGCAGCGGCUGCACCCGUCGAUCGAGCGCUGCGCCGCUGCUGGGCGCAGCAGCAGCAGCAGCAGCAACCUUCUCCCGCGCCUCGCCGAAGACUACGAGGAGCGUCGGCAAGGGCCGGAGCGAUCAUCUGGGCUACCGUGAGAGGAUGCCCGCGGGAGUUGGUUAGUGGUCCUCUCGAGGCAGGAAGAAGAAGGCGCAGCAGCUGCUCCUCCGGCGUGCUGUUCCCGAGUGAAGCUUCUCCUCCGAGAGGCAGGAGCAGCGACGGCUCGCCCACCACCGGGACCCUUAUAAGGACGCGGCGACACUUAUAGCAGCAGCAGCCGCACGCGGGAGCUGUGGCGGCGGCCCUGCUGCCGCGGGUCCCGCCGCUAAGCUGCGCGCGCGUGCGGCCGACGCUUUGCCGCACGGCUGCCCCGAGGCGCUGCCGUAGCAGCCGCUGUUCCUCUCGGCGCUCCGCCGCGCUUGCCUUCGCUGCCACCGCCCUGGGACACAGCCCCGCAAGCGGCAGCCCGAGCUUUUUUUAGGAGGAGCGAGGAAGACGACGGACCGCGUUUCGCCAGGCCCCGACGUCGCGGUCGUCAUCUCCCACCGCCGCUUGAGAGAGCGAGUGCGUGUCUCUUUCUCUGCAUCCCGCGGGCGCGAGGCUCCUUCGCAUCAUCUUCUCGACUCUGCGGCUGCCGACUGUAGUACAUUCGGCUGCCCGAUGUGACUUGUGACUGCACCGUGUGGCUACCGUUUUUUUAUUAUUAUUUUGUAUAUUUCUCUACUUUUCUCGAAGCUGGUAUCUUCCACCGCGUGCUGCCACCCCGAGGAACUUGAGAAGUGCGUGUGUGUCUGUGACUCGUGCGAGGGGCUUUAUUUAAGACUGCUGAGCCGUGUGAGGUGCGCGUGUGAGUCAACAGCCCGGGCCGGGCCAGCCCGGGCCUGCCAGCGACGUAUGCGUCGUUGUCGGUUCUUCGGUUUCAUCUACCGUGGAGUAUACGCCAUCGAAGAUCUUCGCACUGUGCCCUCCGAACGUGGUGGCCAGACGUAACCAUCCGGUUCCCUGAUUUCUCACUUUUUGUGUGUGUGUGAAAUUUUUGGCACGGAGUUUCUCAUUUUUGAGGCACUUCCACCCGCUCACAACUUUUCUUUUUCCAUUUUGUUUGUGUGUGUUUGUGUUCAGCGUUGCGUGUGCGUGUGUGAGUGUAUCGUCGCCGUCCUCGGAUUCCGCCUCCCAGAGGGUUUGCGGUGUCUGGAGAGAAAACUCCUUGACGAGGUUCUCUCUCCCGUUCCCUGCUCUUCUCGGAAAGACAAGAACGCGGCGUCCAGCAACGGUCGCCGCCCGUCGUGUUGCGCUUCCUGCUUCUUUUAAAGUGGUUCGCAUUUUGUUACUGCGCUCUAUACGCUGCGUGUCGUUGUUUCUGCCGUGUCAAGUGCACUUAUUGUCGCUCCCAUGAAGACACACGCUAAGCGCCCGACAACUACGACAACGCUGGUGAAUGCGAAUGUUAGGCCGUGCGACUUGGGGGAGGUGCUGCGACGCCGGCCUGCAGCGGUGCUUGCGAGAAGCCUCGUGAUGGCAUAAGACAGAAAGCGAGAAAAGAGGGGGAUUAUGCUGAGCUAUGCGUGCUGCCAAUAUGUGGUGACGAGAGUGACCCUGUACCACAGUGCCUUAGUGGACUUGUCUCGAAGUCGUUCGGUGCACGCUGUCGAACACGAGCCCUGCUGUCCGGAUCCCCAGUUUAUCGCGGCGAACGAGUGCAAAGCCGUUCACUACGGCGUGUGCUCGCCCCUGCUCAAGCUUCCAUCGUUCUCGGUGGCGCCCGCUUCGCCCGCCAUCAUUAUGGCGCCGCAGCCUCCGAGGCCCCAGUCGGCGACGUCUGCGGCAACGGACUUGAGUUUGGAAGGGCUGGAUCCCGUCGAACUCUUGGCCGUUGACCUGGAGGGCAAGCUCGAAGCGCUGGUCAACUCUUUCGUCGCUCAGGACAAAGUGAAAACUGCCGCUAGAAAGUCCAAGACAGCCAUGGCUUCGUCCCAGGCGUCGGCCGUUAAGAAGCUGGUUUCGAACCAGUCUUCCGGAGGAGCAGGUACAUCGAGCGUGGGGCCGUCGUACGGCGGAAAACAAGAGUCAAAGCCAUCUUUUAAAGACGAUUUGGGUAAAAAGCGAGUUAAAAGCGGUGACCCGGAAGCGAAGACAACGAGCAAGACGAGUAACGACAAAUUGGCUAGCGACGCUGUGCCCAGAAAGGUCGGCACCGUCCUGGUGACAUCCGGAACAGGAGUGACAACUAAGAAGGACGUCACCACCCGCGUCACACCCGCAGGAGCGAAAUCACUAGCUGCGGAUGCGCCCACUACGAAAAAUGUUACGUCGAAUCUGAAGGCCUCAAAAUCGACUCCCACUUACAACUCGCAUGAGAACGAUGCGGCCAAAAAGAAAGUCGACAAGCCGACCUCAAAAACGAGGUCUCUUCUCACAGUAGACGGACACGAACACAGUCCUUCACCAGACGCUUCAACGGACAGCGAGAAAACUGAAAAAUCGCCUUCUCCAACUCCUGGCAGUCAAAGAAAAGUGUUCAAGCUGUCCCCGCCAAACGUCAUAUCUCUAGUCACUGGGGCUCCUAAACCUUCUGGGGCUCCGCCUCCUACCUUCAGCGCCACAUACGUUCCAGCCGGGACACCCUCCAAAUCCACAACGACGACGGUGGCUGGCAAUGUGACAGCUCGAGAUUCACCGUCUCCGAAGACGUCUCCUGCGAAAGACAGUGCGAAGGACCCCCUAGCUACCAGGCCUUCGAGCCAUCCUGGCAGCCCCAAAGAGCCCUGCGCUAAAGCUCCUAGUCAUGAGCCAUCUAAGCCAGCACAGUCAGACAGUGGCAGUGUGUCCAAAGAAAGAAAGACAGCGCAACCCUCGUCUUCGCCGACGCCCAAGCCCGUAGUCGCCGUGAAGCCCGUUAGCGGCAACAGGAAUGCGACGGCGGCGACCUCCGCGGCAAUGGAUUACGCCAAGUCCCGAUUCCAGGGUCUGCCCGAACCGAAGCAGUUCGAGGAACUUUUCAAGCAGAAGCCCUGCAAGAACGGCCACGUCGUGAACGAUGCCAAGAGCCGGUGGGAGUCGUUGACCUCUCCGAGCUCUACGGCGGAGCAGCUGUGGCCCAACAGCGUCGGCAGCGGCAGGAGCAGCAGCGCUCCCGUCGCGAUCCCUGGAAGCAACUGCAAUCACGACUUGCAAGCGCCUGACUUGGACUCGCCGCUGUCGACUUCGCCGAGGCGACUCAACUCGCCCGAGGCACUGUUCCUCGAGGCCAGCUCGCCGCCCAGCAUCCCGCACCCGCGGCUCACGUCGUCGCAGAAGCAGCACAUCCGCGAGCGCUCGCUGUCUCCCACCGAGCGCACUCACAUGCACGUGCCCGUGCGCCCUUUCCUCACCAAGGGUUCUGUGGCCGAGCGCGUGCUGCUCUUCGAGCGCUGCCCGGAGCGCGCCAGCGUGGAGCGCACGCCGGCGCCGGCUAAGGGCAAGCCGACUGUGUACAACGUCUGGAAACAGCACCACGGUGCAGCUGACGCCCACUCAGGAUCGCAGGUGAGUGCGAGACUCGGCCCAGUAGCAGUGCAUGGUUGGUGAUAAACACUAGGUGCAUUCGAUUUGUCGUCUCCGAUUGCCCAGGACUACCCGAGGCGUUGCUUUCAGCCAAUGAGUGUUGGCGUACUUGCCGUCUCGGACAGCCCUGGGCAGUCCAGGACAGCAAAUCGAAGAGACCCACAAUCGCGCUCGUUUUCAGGUGGACAAUUCUCACAAUGUUUGGCGUGUUUC